AUGGCUCAAUCGACCGACCAUGUGGUCGACCAGGUCGCCCAGCUCAACGCCGCUCGAAGCCUCGUCCUCGGCGAUGCCGCGCUCUACCCGCAGAUCGUCAACGGCAUCCUCCCCAUCAUCGGAGCCAACGCCAGGCUGGAAUUGCGACGAUGGGGCGCAGACUUUUUAGCAGAGACCUUCUCUACUCCGGCCCUAGCGGCGGCGCAGAAGCAGCAGCUUGCGCCGACGGUCUUGCAAUCGAUUCAAGAUACCUUAGCUCUGCCCGAAACAGACACGGCAGUGCUGUCGAGCUUGGUACAGACGGUUGCCAGCUUGUACCCGCUUAUAUUCCGCCACAUUGUCAAUCACGCGGAGGAUACCAAGACGUGGGAAACAAUAAACGCAAUCAAACAAGAGAUCCUGCGGAAUAUGGACUCUUUCCCAUGCCCGGUUAAGAUUUGCUGUGUCAAGUUUUUACAGCGUGUAGUCCAGGUUCAAACGCCUGGCUUGAUUGCGGACCCCAGGCGACCCGACCAGAACGAGACUUCAUUGGCCGUCGUCCCCCGAAACCACGCCCUCCUUGCUAUUCCACAACUAGAAGCCGAGUCAUCAGGUCUACUUGACCGUUUACUCGGGGUUUUCCAAGAAGAGACAAGUGACCCCCUCAUCGUCAAUGCCACGCUGAACUGUCUGUCACCAUUGAUCCGCACGCGCCAGUCGAUUGCGAAUAAAAUCAUCAAUACAAUCCUGGAAUUCUAUCCCGCCAAACAUGUCCGUCCGCCAUUUACACCCACUGUUCGUGUCGGCGUCAAGUCGAUGGAACGUACAUCGCGCGCCAUGCUUUUCAAUGUGAUGAAGAAGAACCCUAGUCACCCGCUGAUGGGGAAGAUGCAAGCGUAUAUUGAGCGCUUGAUGCAGUCCCGGUUCGAAAUCACCGAUGAUGCUUCUCGGAAACGUGGACUGCCCACUGAACCGACUGAUGGUCUGGACAACGCUAAGCGGGCCCGUCUUGAUGCGAUGACACCUCCACUGCUUAACAUUCCCCCUCUGCCUGCAGGCCCGACCAGCUUUGACCAACUAUUUACCAUAACUCAAGAUAUCGGUCUGUCUUCGUUUGAUGUGAAACAGCUUCCUCCCGAUCUAGUGGUGAAGAUUACUGUCCCGCUCUUAACUCAAGUGAAUCAGUCGCUACUUACCCAGGCUGUUGAUGCCAUACGAAACCGAUAUGAGACCAUAACGAAAGAGCAAAAUCUGAAGCGUCAACAGCUACACCAGGCCGCUACGGCUGCGGCUGCUGACGACGACGACGAUUACGAGCCUGACUACGAACCUGUGGAUGCUGGGGCGAACGUUCCAGAAGAGUCCACUGCUCUCACAGCAGAAGACGCCGAACUAGAACCUGAUCUGGUGUCUUUGGGCCCAUUUGUCCUGCCACAACCGCCACCAUUGACCGAGGAGCAAGCUGGUGAUGUUGGGCGCAGCGCUGUUUCGCGAGUGUUUAGCAUGAUUGAUGCUGUCCAAACAACCCCAUCGCCAGCUCAGAGUAAGAAUCAGCAGGAAUUAGGCUUCGCCCGGCUAGCUGGAAGUACCUUUGACCGGGAUGCCUGGGUUGUUCUCCUUACUCGUUUGGCUACUCGCGCCCCAGCUGGUCUGGAGGGCAGUGACAAAGCCAAAGCGGAUAAAAGACAUCCAACCAUCUCAGAUUCGAUCCGUGAGACACUGUAUCGGUAUAUUUUGGAGGAUUUCCGCGCUCGGCUCAAGAUUGGAAUUACCUGGCUUAAUGAGGAGUGGUACAACGACCGCGUUCGCAUGAAGGCGGCUAACUCGGAGCGUGGAGUUGAAGACGAGGAGCCCAUCGUUUCUCUCUAUUAUGAUACUUGGGUUCUUCGUCUGCUGGAUGGUUUCUUACCAUACCUUGACUCCCGUGAUAUCAAGGUAUUGGUGCGAUUCCUGAGUGAGAUUCCCGAAGUCACCAUCGCCAUUAUACAGCGAGUGGCUAGCUUAGCGAAAGAUCCAGAACGUGUAAAUCUGACCGUGCAGGCUUUGAUGUACUUGAUCAUGUUCCGGCCUCCAGCGCGCGAAAUGUGCCUCAACACAUUAGAGGACGUUUACCAGACUUAUGAGGAAUCGCGCCCCGCAGCUGGUAAGGUCCUGGCCAGGUGGCGUCCCGAGGCACUGCCCGCGCCUGCUGAGACGGCGCCAGCUGCUCCCCAGACAGAGGUGCAAGCCCCCGCUGCAUCAACGUGA